GAGGCGAGUCUCAUCUCCGUGUGGUUAUUGGAAGAAGCUCGUGUCACGUGACCAGAAACGUCAAGGAUUCAAUGGCAGCCUACUGUUUUGUAAACUAACACAAGGCAUAGCUGCAUAAAAUAGUGUUUUAAACGACAGAAUUGCAUUUCUAAGACGCUGCCAUGUCUCCCAAGAUCACAGUGGAGCUGCUGCGGCAGCUACGGCAAGCCAUGAGGAACACCAAGUACAUCGCUGAGCCCAUCCAGGCCUACAUUGUCCCCUCUGGAGACGCACACCAGAGUGAAUACAUCGCACCAUGUGACUGCAGACGUGAAUUCAUCUGUGGCUUCAAUGGCUCCGCAGGCACGGCCAUAGUAACAGAGAAGCAUGCGGCCCUGUGGACAGACGGACGGUACUUCCUCCAGGCCAGCCAGCAGAUGGACAACAACUGGACCCUCAUGAAGAUGGGUCUGAAGGAGACACUUAGCCAGGAAGACUGGCUGAUCAGUGUGCUGCCUGAGAACUCGACAGUAGGAGUGGACCCCUGGAUCAUUGCUGCUGACCAGUGGAAGAACAUGUCUAAGGCCCUGGCCAGUGCAGGCCACUCCCUGGUGGCUGUUCAAGACAACCUGAUAGAUGCCAUCUGGAUGGACCGUCCAACCAGACCCUCCACUCAGCUCCUCACCCUGGGCCUGGGGUUCACGGGUCUGACCUGGCAGGACAAGAUGACCGCUCUGAGAUCCAAGAUGGCCGAGAGGAAGAUCUCUUGGUUCGUUGCCACGGCGCUGGAUGAGAUUGCAUGGCUGUUCAACCUCCGUGGCUCUGACAUCGAGUACAACCCUGUUUUCUUUGCGUACGCCAUCGUUGGAAUGAACACAAUCAGGCUUUUCGUGGACAUCAAACGUCUGGCCGUGCCGACGGUGAGGGAGCACCUUCAGCUGGACACGCCCUCCAAGGUGGAGCUUAGCAUCCAGACUGCCCCCUAUGAGUCUGUGUUCACAGAGCUGCAGGCUGUGUGUGCCUCCCUGGGGCCCAAGGAGAAGGUGUGGAUCAGCGACAAAGCCAGCUGCGCCCUCACGCAGGUCAUCCCCAAGGCCCACCGGUCUCCUAUCCCCUACACUCCUCUCUGCCUCGCCAAAGCUGUCAAGAACGCCACUGAGAUUCAAGGGAUGAAAAUGGCCCAUAUCAAGGAUGCUGUCGCCCUUUGUGAGCUCUUCGCUUGGUUGGAAAAAGAGAUUCCAAAAGGCACAGUGACUGAGAUAUCCGCAGCAGAUAAGGCCGAGGAGUUACGCAGCCAACAGAAAGACUUUGUCGGACUCAGCUUCCCAUCCAUUUCCAGUGUUGGACCAAACGGAGCAAUCAUUCAUUACAGACCCCUUCCUGAAACCAACAGAACUCUCUCUCUAAACGAAAUCUACCUCCUCGACUCUGGAGCCCAGUAUAUUGAUGGAACAACAGACGUCACCCGCACCAUGCACUUUGGGUCCCCCUCUGCUUAUGAGAAGGAAACCUUCACCUAUGUUCUGAAGGGACAUAUAGCUGUCAGCGCUGCCAUUUUCCCCAACGGAACCAAAGGCCACCUGCUGGACUCGUUUGCCCGCCAGGCGCUGUGGGAGUCUGGGCUGGACUACCUUCAUGGUACGGGCCACGGGGUGGGAUGUUUCCUCAAUGUCCACGAGGGACCCUGUGGGAUCUCCUACAAGACCUUCGCCGACGAGCCCCUGGAGGCAGGCAUGAUUGUCAGCGAUGAACCUGGGUACUAUGAGGACGGUUUGUUUGGCAUUCGAAUUGAAAACGUUGUUCUGGUGGUGCCAGCAAAACCCAAGUACAACUACAGGAACAAGGGCAGUUUGACGUUUGAGCCUCUCACUCUGGUCCCCAUCCAAGCCAAGAUGGUAAACACAGAUCUUCUCACCCAGAAAGAGCGUGAUUGGGUGAACGAGUACCACAGGCAGUGCCGGGAGACGAUUGGAGCAGAGCUGGAGAGGCAGGGCCGCAAGGAGGCCAUGGAUUGGCUGAUCAGGGAAACCCAGCCAAUCGCCUGAAGGCUAUUCUGUGACUGACCCUUAUUUAAUUCAAUUGUAUUGCCCAGGAGUACAAUUUUGAUCGCUCAUCUCAGCAGUGAUGAUAACCUUUUGUUUUGAUAUUUUCUCUGAGAAGCUACUAUCUAUGGUUCUGGUCUCUGUGUAUUUCACGCUAUGCCUCUUUUCUAAAGCAUCAUCACCAUCCAUGUCUGAACUGUUUUAUGGCGAUUCAAUAAACAUCCAAGUGUGGAAAAAAGGA